GAGCAGCGCGCUGCGGCACCAUACAAAGACGCAGCUUUUCCCCUCGAGUUGCAGAAGAGGGAGCGUCCAGAUCUGAGGAAGGACCGAUCAUAAACUCGCGUCAUGGCUCAGAAGACAGUGCUGAUUGUGUACGCCCAUCAGAGUGGGGAGUCCUUUAACUCGGCAGCGAAGGAUGUUGCCGUGGAAGCCCUCAGACAGCAGGGCUACAAGGUUGUUGUGUCUGACCUUUACGCCAUGAACUUCAGAGCCUCCGCCACAAUGGAGGAUAUUAUAGGUGAGGUGAAAAACCCGGAGCACUUCAAGUACGGAGAGGAGACCAUGCAUGCCUGGAAGGAGGGUCGACUCAGUGAUGACAUCAUAGCUGAGCAGCGGAAAGUGGAGGCGGCGGAGCUCGUCAUCUUCCAGUUCCCUAUGUACUGGUUCAGCGUUCCAGCCAUCAUGAAGGGCUGGAUAGACAGAGUUCUGACUCAAGGCUUUGCCUUCUCGCUGCAGAAGAUGUACAACAAUGGAAUAUUCAAGGACAAGAAAGCCAUGUUGUCGUUCAGCACUGGGUCUAUGCAGACUAUGUACCGCCCUGACGGCCUCAACGGAGACAUUAACGUCACACUGUGGCCCCUACAGAAUGGCGUGCUUCACUUCUGUGGAUUUCAGGUGCUAGCCCCCCAGGUGUUCUGGUGUCCGGGACACAACCCCCCCGCGACUCGGACAGCCAUGCUGGAUGGCUGGAGGGCCAGGCUGAAGACCCUGCUGGUCGAGCGACCCCUGACCUUUGCCCCCAGCGAGAUGUUUGACCUGACCUUCCCCGGAGGCUUCGUGCUGCGGCCUGAGGUCAGGGCGGAGCAGAGCACCCGCCCCCACGGCAUCACCACCGGACACCACUUGGGGAAACCCCUCCCCCCUGACAACCAGCUGAAGGCUGAUGACCCCUCCCCCCUGACAACCAGCUGAAGGCUGAUGACCCCUCCCCCCUGACAACCAGCUGAAGGCUGAUGACCCCUCCCCCCUGACAACCAGCUGAAGGCUGAUGACCCCUCCCCUGACAACCAGCUGAAGGCUGAUGACCCCUCCCCCCUGGCAACCAGCUGAAGGCUGAUGACCCCUCCCCCCUGGCAACCAGCUGAAGGCUGAUGACCCCUCACCCCUGGCAACCAGCUGAUGACUGAUGACCCCUCACCCCUGGCAACCAGCUGAUGACUCCUCCCCCUGACAACCAGCUGAAGGCUGAUGACUCCUCCCCCUGACAACCAGCUGAUGACUCCUCCCCCUGACAACCAGCUGAUGACUCCUCCCCCUGACAACCAGCUGAUGACUCCUCCCCCUGACAACCAGCUGAUGACUCCUCCCCCUGACAACCAGCUGAUGACUCCUCCCUCUGACAACCAGCUGAUGACUCCUCCCUCUGACAACCAGCUGAUGACUCCUCCCCCCUGACAACCAGCUGAUGACCCCUCCCCCCUGACAACCAGCUGAAGGCUGAUGACCCUUGGAUAAUUAUUUCUCCAAUAGAAUCCAGAGAGUGUCCUUCAGUGGAAGCUUCUCUAACAUCAGAUAUGUAAAGUGCGGUGUCCCUCAGGGUAGUUGCCUUGGGCCAGUUACUCUUCUCUAUUUUUACAAAUGAUUUGCCACUGGUCUUAAACACAAAGCUAGAAUCACUACGUAUGCAGAUGAUUCCACACUCUACACAUCAGUAUCAGGUGUUUAAUAAUAAAAACAUUCUCUAAGACCUAAACCUCAGCUGGAGUUGUGUAAAGGGUUGUGACCAUUGAGCAAGUUGAGGAAGCUAAAUUCAUACUUAUAAACUGGGUGCUUCGAGCCCUGAAUGCUGAUUGGCUAACAGCCGUGGUAUACCACGGAUAUAACAAAACAUUUAUUUGGACUCUUCUAAUUACGUUGGUAACCAGUUUAUAAUAGCAAUAAGGCACCUUGGGGGGUUGUGGUAAAUGGCCAAUAUUCCACGGCUAAAGGCUGUAUCCAAGAACUCUGUGUUGCGUCGUGCUUAAGAACAGCCCUUAGCCGUCGUAAAUUGUCCAUAAACCACAUCCCCCCCUCGCGCCUCAUUGCUUAAGUAUAACAGUGGAUGGUCAGAUAUUAUGGUCAAGUCAAAUUGACAGAGUUGUCGUGAAGAUGGGGAGAGGUAUGUCUGUUAUAAAAAGAUGUUCUGCGUUUUUGAAACAUCAAUAAACUGCACUAGUUGUUCAGACUCUG